AUUUAGUUUGAAAAAGUAUAUUAGUACGUUAUGUAAGAAAUGUUAAAGUUUAUCGGCAUCCGUGGGGGCUGUGUGGUCCGCUGCAAGGACUACGCAUAUGCCACAUGGUCAAAGGUCAAAGCCAUGAAGGAAAAGAAGAAAAAAGCGGAGGAAGGUUCCGGUGGUGCUGCAGAACUGAACCCAUGGCCGGAGUAUAUACAGAAACGUAUCACUCUAUGGGAUAAGUUUAAAAUUCAGUACGAAGAAGAAUUGGCUAACAAACCUGAUGUCAGCAUUGUUGUGACGCUACCUGAUGGUAAAACUGUUGAAGCUAAAGCCUGGAAAACUUCUCCAUAUGAUGUUGCUAAAGGAAUCAGCCAGGGCCUCGCCGACUCCACCAUCAUCGCACGAGUGAACAAUGAGCUCUGGGACCUGGACAGACCUUUGGAAGGUGACUGCAAGCUGGAACUCCUGAGGUGGGAUAACACAGAUGCUCAAGCAGUGUUCUGGCAUUCGUCAGCUCAUAUGUUGGGAGAAGCUAUGGAGAGGGUAUACGGAGGCUGCCUGUGCUACGGACCUCCCAUCGAAGAGGGCUUCUACUACGACAUGUAUUAUCCUGAGAAGGGUAUAUCCUCAACGGACUUCCAUGUUCUAGAAGGAUUAGUGAAGAAAAUAGCAAAGGAAAAACAACCGUUCGAACGUUUAGAACUGACGAAGGAACAAUUAUUAGAAAUGUUCGACUACAAUCCGUUUAAAGUGCGCAUUUUGAACGAGAAAGUGAACACGCCUAAGACCACGGUGUAUCGAUGUGGACCCCUUAUCGAUCUUUGUAGGGGGCCCCAUGUCAGACAUACGGGGAAGGUCAAGGCGCUGAAGGUCACUAAGAACUCGGCCACAUACUGGGAGGGCAAGGCAGACGCGGAGAGUCUGCAGCGAGUAUAUGGAGUGUCGUUCCCGGAGCCCAAGCAACUCAAGGAGUGGGAGCAUAUACAGGAGGAGGCCGCUAAGAGGGACCAUAGGAAGAUUGGCAAGGAACAAGAGUUAUUCUUCUUCCACGAGCUGUCGCCUGGAUCGUGUUUCUUCCAGCCGCGUGGUGCUCACAUCUACAAUACGCUCGUCAACUUUAUUAGAGAACAAUAUAGAACCCGUGGUUUCCAAGAAGUUGUAACCCCGAACAUGUACAAUUCGAAGCUGUGGCAGACGUCGGGCCACUGGGCUCACUACGCCGAGAACAUGUUCUCAUUCGACGUCGAGAAGGAAACCUUCGCUCUGAAGCCUAUGAACUGUCCUGGACAUUGUUUAAUAUUCGACAACCGGAUCCGUUCGUGGCGCGAGCUGCCCCUGCGGCUGGCAGACUUCGGCGUGCUGCACCGCAACGAGCUGUCGGGCGCGCUCACCGGACUCACGCGCGUGCGCCGCUUCCAGCAGGACGACGCGCAUAUAUUCUGCGCGCCCGCGCAUAUUGAGCAGGAGAUGCUAUCGUGUCUGGACUUCCUGAACUGCGUGUACUCGACGUUCGGGUUCACGUUCCAGCUGAAACUGUCCACUAGACCAGAGAAGUACCUCGGAGACCUUGCCACUUGGGAUCAGGCUGAAAAGGCGUUAGAAGAUUCCCUGAACAAGUUCGGUCGUCCAUGGCAGUUGAACCCAGGCGACGGCGCGUUCUACGGACCCAAGAUAGACAUCACUAUACAGGACGCACUGCGCCGGUCGCACCAGUGCGCCACUAUACAACUCGACUUCCAACUGCCGGAGAGAUUCAACCUUACUUAUGUUAGUGAGAGUGGCGAUAAGAAACGUCCAGUGAUCAUCCACAGAGCUAUCUUAGGUUCAGUGGAGCGAAUGAUCGCCAUCCUCAGCGAGUCAUACGCCGGGAAGUGGCCAUUCUGGCUCAGUCCACGGCAAGUCUGUGUUGUGCCCGUCGGUCCCAGCUUCGAUGAUUAUGCUGUGCAGGUGAAUGAGAAACUGUUCGCAGCUGGUUUCAUGUCAGAAGUGGACACGGACGCCGGCGACACUCUCAACAAGAAAGUCCGCAACGCACAACUAGCGCAGUUCAACUACAUAUUGGUUGUGGGUGACAGAGAGAAACAAUCAGGCACCGUCAACGUGCGCACGCGAGAUAACAAGGUACACGGCGAGAUGUCCAUCCAGGGACUCAUCGACCACCUCAACAAACUCGUCAAGGAGAAGACUCUAGCUGAAGACAGCGAUCUACUUAAAUAGACGACUAGGAAGGUAGACAUGUGAUUGUUAACGUUCGUAAUGUCAAAGUUAAACUAUGUCCCUUUGAGUACCGUCAUUAUAGACACAAUUAUAGAACAAUAGGUUGCGGUCACCGGUGACUGCUUGGUGUUUGACAGUUUAAAGAACAAUAGGUGAGCGGACACGGGAGUCCAGAGGUGUUUGACAGUUUAAAAAGUAAAUUGGAAGUUUUUAUGCCUAGACGGCGCUCAUGUAGAUUUUAGUCUUGUUCUUCCAAAAUGUGUUGGAAAAGAGGACUCUUGUUGUUGCGCUAACUAAAUGGCGACCACUCUGAGAAGAAAUGCCGAAACAAACUCAGAGGUCUGUCUCUUUUAAAGUCCAGACAAUAUGUAUAAUAGAUUAUGUGUGAGAACCGUGCAAGUUCUUUCUGUAGUGGCCUUUUUCUAAACAAAAAAUGAAUUCAUAUGCGAAAGUUGUCAUGAUUUUGAUGUAAUGUACGCUAACGUUUCAAUUGAAAUAUAGUAAUAUACGUAUGGUAUAAGCCUUAAACUAUUUCUACCUCUUUAGAGAUAAAAGAAAGAACUAUUUAUUAAAUACAAUAUUCUUAUCAAUAUGUCUGUACAUAAACUUUGACUUACGAACGCAACGAUGUAAUUAACUAACAGUUUUAUUCAUAAAAGCGCAAUAAACCAAUUUCGGUUAUUGAAAUACUUUGAAUCUAGGUCAAUUAGGAAAAUGAAAGGAAAUUAUUCAAAAACAAUACUCUUCCUUCAGUCGGGUAAUAACGUAACAACGCACUAAUGUCUCAUCUGGUGUUGUGGGCAUAUGGGCGGUGCAGAUCCCUAAGUUCUCCAACACGUUACAACUCAGUACGGCAUCAAAAUCGGACAGUCUGUCGAGAUCAAUUAAAAUAUAUAGACCUACCAAGUACGCGGUGGAUUUGUGGAAGCAGUAUCGUGUAUACAGCAAAAAAAUAUUAGCUUUAGAAUACUAACACGCUAGUAAACAAUUUUCUUUAAAUCAUGUAUCAGAGAACGUCAUAAAUCAUUUUUGUCAGAUAUGUCGCUCGCUCCUAUCGAGUUGUGACGCAUUGUUAUGUUUUUUUGACGUGACAGUUUGUAAUCAUCCAACUAUAAGCUUCAGUGACAGACAAACGGACAAAUCAAUUUUAACGUUUCCAAAGUGCUUAACCUGUUAAAUUAUCGUACCCCAAAUUUGUUCAUACAAAAGUAGUCUCUAAACAUUGGAAAUAAGGUCUAUAAUGGAGUUAGUGGAGAGCGGGUACCAGUGACUAGAUUAAAGGGUAUGGAAUAAUUGACAUAUAAUACGUUUGACGUCAAAAUAAAAGGUUUAUUGGUCUUUAAUGAAUAAUACUUUUAGUUAAAAAGUUAGUUAGUAAAAAGGUGAAGAGAAUUUUAAGUAUUUUUCCAUUAAGAGUGAGUUACUCUAUGCACCUGCCUACCCCCCUGGGGAAACAAACUUGAUGAUAUCUGUAGUCACUGAAAGUUUCAAAUUUAUUUAUUUGUUACGUGAAUCUGUUAGUUGUUUACAUAGGAAAUAACUUUAGCAACUGGUUUGGGUAGUUUCCAUAGUCAAAAACAAUGUUUCAGCUACUAUAAUCAUACUUUUAUUAAUUAGUAUUAGUUUAGUAGGGAUUUCUUUAAUGUUUAGUACCGCCUGAAGAAUAAAAAUCUUCUACUAUAUAAAAAUGAGUCGGGUUUUCCUUCCUGACGCUAUAACUCCAGAACGCACGAACCGAUUUCCACGGUUU